AGAAAAUUGGUUGAGUGAGAGAGAGAGAAAGAGAGGAGAGAGAAAAAGCCAAGCCAUUAGCCAUGUGUAUAUCUAAGUAUAUUUACACAGUAGUAUGAUAUAUAUAUGCAUUUACAAAGAUCAUAGUGAAAUCUUUCUUGUUCAUUCCUCCAUUAUUAUUAAUUCACAGCUGAGCACAUAUUUUUCUUGAAAUUUAUGAUGUUUUGCAAUUAAAGCUUUGGUUUUUUUGUGGUUUCCUUUAAUUCCUUGGAUUCCAGAAAAUCAGUGCAAAAGCUCAGUUACUUGCUGAUUUUGCUUCCCUUGUAUUAGGGUUCAGUAGUGCAACUUGAGCUUGGAUGGGUUUUGCUGCGGAACAGCUUAGAUUGCUUUGAACAUUAAGGGCCACGCUUCCUUCAUCAGUUUACUUCCUGCUUGUCACAAGGAAGGAUGUCAGAAUGGUUGGAUGCAUAUGAUGACAUAAGAGAAAGAAGAUCAGACUUUGAGGUUUCAGAGGAUGAAAGACGGCGUUCCAGAAUUGGUGCUUUCAAGAAAAAGGCAUUAAAUGCUUCAAACAAGUUCACUCACUCUCUGAAGAAAAGAGGAAAAAGGAAAGUUGACUACAGGUUCCCUUCAGUUUCAAUAGCAGAUGUACGUGACGCAAAAGAGGAGAAUGCUGUCUGUGAAUUGCGUCAAAGGCUCCUUGAACGGAAUUUGUUGCCACCCAGACAUGAUGACUACCAUAUGAUGUUGAGAUUUUUGAAGGCAAGAGAUCUUAAUGUUGAGAAGACUAUUCCGAUGUGGGAAGAAAUGCUUAACUGGAGGAAAGAGUAUGGCGCAGACACAAUAUUGCAGGAUUUUUACUUUGAAGAGUUGGAAGAAGUAUUGCAGUUUUACCCACAAGGAUAUCAUGGAGUUGACAGGGAGGGAAGGCCUGUUUAUAUCGAAAGGCUCGGACAAGCUCAUCCCAACAAACUUAUGCGGAUCACCACGAUUAAUCGCUACUUGAAAUAUCAUGUUCAAGAAUUUGAAAGGGCACUACAUGAGAAGUUCCCUGCAUGUUCUAUUGCCGCAAAGAAAAGGAUCUGCACAACAACUACAAUUUUGGAUGUGCAAGGCUUAGGGAUUAAAAACUUCACAAGGACUGCUGCUAGUCUUUUGGCGGCCAUGGCAAAAAUUGAUAAUAGCUAUUAUCCUGAGACACUGCAUCGAAUGUUCAUUGUCAAUGCUGGCCCUGGCUUCAAAAAGAUGCUCUGGCCAGCAGCUCAGAAAUUUUUGGAUGCAAAGACUAUUGCCAAGAUACAGGUAGUAGAGGAAANUAUUCCCUUUUACUUUUUGUGGGAUUCAUGUCCAGUAUUCAUGUGCUUUUUAGGUACCUGGGCAAUUCGUUGGUGUGAAAGAAUCCAAGAGAAGAUUUUUAGCAGUUGUUUCCGUUGUUUGGAAAGGAAACUGAUUCCUUUCAUACUCAAACUCUGUGCAUUUAUUCGUUGUCUGCCCUUUGAGUACUGGAGGAAACAGACAAAUGUUUUCCCGACUAAUGCAUUGGAAGAAAGGCAAGGGACCAGUUCGUCUGUUAAUGAUGAAGCAGUUCAAAAAGUAAGGGAGGCCCAUCCAUGCAUGCAGCGUCUUAAUAGAUUGGAAAAUUUAUUGGAAGAAAUAAACAAAAAGCCCGCUGAGAUCCCAGCAGAGAAGGACCAAAUGCUUCUGCAAUCAAUGGACAGGAUCAAGUCUGUCGAGGUUGACCUAGAUAAAACAAAAAGGGUAUUGCAUGCUACAGUGUUGAAGCAACUUGAAAUUGCAGAGUUAUUGGAGAACCUAAAAGAGUCGAGAUUUCAUAGGCGGAGUUUUUUGUGUUGAAUAUUGGAAGGUUGGAGAUUCAGAUAUGCGAUGAGAGUUUUUAACUGCUAACUACGCUACAAAAGGAGAUGUCAGCUUAUACGCCUCCAGUCGUAGUGACAAAGUUUUCCUGUUUUUUUUUCCUUGUACAAUGUCCUUUACAGAACUUGCAGUCAUGGUACAGCAAGAUGUUAAAUAUACUGUAUUAAAACGUCCUAAAGGAAAAGCUCAGAAGAAAGUAUAGAGGUAUAUGUGUCAUCUUAAUUGUAUUCCUCCUCCUCAUUUAGUUGUUACUUUUACCUUA